AUGUCGCUCACCUUGAACUCGUCCGUGCGGCUGUCUUCUGGUUAUUUCAUGCCCCUUCUGGGUCUGGGAGUGUACCAGAAUGACAACUGCAAACCGGCUUGUCUGGCGGCUCUGAAAAAUGGGUACAGACACAUCGACUCGGCGCGCGCCUACAGAAACGAGACCCAAGUCGGGGAGGCGGUCAGAGAAAGUGGUGUUCCCCGCAGCGAGAUAUUCAUCACGUCCAAGAUCUACCAUCCCGACCAUGGCUACGAAAGCACACUCAAAGCCGUCGACGAGUCUCUCCAGCGCUUUGGUUUCGAUUAUAUCGACCUGUAUCUCAUCCACAGUCCGCUCUCUGGAAAACGGAAGCGACUCGAGACGUGGAGAGCACUAUUGGAAGCGAAAGAGGCUGGCAAGCUAAGGACGGUCGGGGUAUCCAACUAUGGCAUCAAGCAUCUCGAAGAGAUUCGCGAAGCAGGCCUCGAGACGCCCGCUGUCAACCAAAUCGAAAUCCAGCCAUUCUGCCAACAGAAACCGAUUGUAGAGUACUGCAAGGAACACGGCAUAUUCGUGCAGGCGUACUGCCCGCUCAUCCGCGGCCAGUUUGACAACCCGGUGCUGAGGGAGGUCGCAGCGAAGUAUAACAAAGCUGUGCCGCAGGUCCUCGUAAGAUGGUCACUCCAGCAUGGGUUCGUCCUUACCUCUCAUGACCGACUGGGCUCGGGUCUUGACAGAGGUUUACCAUGCGAAUGUAGGUAUAGCCCGCUACCAAAGUCUGCGAAGCCCGAACGCGUGGUCUCUAACGCGGACGUGUACGACUUUGAGAUCUCGAGCGAGGACAUGACGAGGAUCGACGCGCUCGAUAGGGGCAACGACGGUGCUACUAGCUGGAACCCUGUUGAUGCGGACUGA